UCGGCACCCCGGCAGACUGGUGGUCUCUGCUUUGGAGCUCUCUGCCCCAUAACACCCCACAGCUGCAGGGGCAGCACUGUGGGGCUGUGGAAAUCCCGUGGGCUGUGCUCCUUCCCUGUUUUUUCCAGUCCCCAACUAAGGAGACGGCUGCAACAUCUGUCCCCCUGCAGCAAAGUCAUUUAUUAACUGAUUAAUUAGCCAGAUAAAAUCCAACUGAAGCAAUCAUUAGCCUUAGCAAGCCACCUCUCCUGGAGAUUGAAAACUGAAAUAAUUAGCAAAAUAGCCUUGUUGCGUGUCAGGGGUUGUUUUUGGCUGAUCCCUGCUUCUCACUGGCAGCCCUCACUGCCCCAGCACAGGGAGGGCUGGAGAGGGUGUGUGGGGCUGUGGGAUUCCUAACCUGGGGACUUCUCUCAGGCUGCCUGGAUUGUCAGCUGGCUGGGAAGGAGCCAGCAGCUGGACAGGAUGGGGAGAGACACCGUGGGAUCACCCAGCUGCCUGCCAGUUCACAGGGCCUGGGAGAGGCUGGGCUGGGGCUGGAGGCUGUGCCCAGGCAGCUCGUCAGGAUGCUCCCAUUUGGGGUGCCCCUUGCAUUCCAGGGUGGCCCCUUUGCUCUUUAGGAUGCUGCCUGGCUUUUGUGGGCUUGUUGGACCCGUUGAGACUGAGAGAGGUCCCUUGGCAGCUGGGCAAGGAGCUGGGGAGCAGUGCAAAGCCUGUUGGAAGGAGUCCCUGUGCUGGCUGCCUGGUGGGGUGCUGGGAAAGAAAUCCUUGUGGUCUGCCUACGCCUUGGAGCCGGGCCAAGAGUCCUCCCACGUCGCGUCCCACUGGGCUGUUUUCUCCGGCUGCUGAAUCCAUAACUUCAGACCCCAGGACAUGGCCGGGUGCCAAGGCCGGGGUAAUGGAGCCAAACUGCGUCACAAAGGGAGGAAAAGGUCCUGAAGUGCUGGGAUGAAAAGGGCUUGGGGCUGUUACUGCUGUCCCCAUCACCAAAGAUGGGUCCUUUACUGUGGGGACAGCUUUCCCCAUGACAACAGAGGACGAGUGGCCCCAUACUACAGAGAUGAGCACUACAGCAGCUGAUGCUGAGACCUCCCCUCCCUGGACUGAGAUGGACCCAGGGAUGGUGACGAGCGAACACGGCCCUUCAGUGCCAGCUUUGGGGAACGAGACCAAGGCUCUGAACACGACUCAGAGUACUGAGGGAAAUUCAGCUGCUCCCAAUACGGCCACGACUGCUGCUGCCAUCACCACACAGCACCCCGCUGUCACCCCAGAAGCAGUGCAAGAUGAACCAGAGGUCCCUCCUGAUGUCCCUCUAGGGACCACCCCUGUCCUUGAGGAUGUGAAGGAGGACAUCAGUACAGACCUCAGUACUGGCACUGCAUCCCUCCACACCACCCCUCCACUGGCAGUCACCUGGGUGCCACAGCCAACUGCUGGAGUCACUGUGCCACUGAGCCAAGGGCUGACCACAGCCAAGGGAGCAGUUGAGGAAGGUGUGAUCGUGCCUGAAGAUAUUCAAAGUGAAGCCGGUGCCAACUCCUCAGGCGCCAGUCCUGAUGCUGGGGAGCUGCUUCCAACCCAGCAGGAUGGAGCAGUGGGCGGGGUUGAGGGCAUUAACCCAGAGCCAGCAGGAGAAAUGGCCCCAGCUGGUGAGGAAAGUCCCUUGGCUUCAGAAUCUGGAGAUCCAGGAUAUGCAAUAAAUGGUGAACUCAGCACAGCCAACUCAUCCCACCUACCUCCAGAGAGCCCAGUGAUGUCAGGAGCAGUGGAAAACCCUGGGAAGUCCUCCCUCCUCCCUGGCCAGGCAGUGAGCCUGGACACUUCGCUGACACCAUCCAAUGGUGGGGAUGGGGAUGGGCAGGGAGUUCCCGGGAUCUCAUCAGACGCUUCUGGUUCAGCCUUGCCGUCUGCAGCCAGCAGGGCACGAGUGGCGCCUGAGGAAACAGAGGACACUGCCACCUCACUGCCAGCACCAGGGGCUCCCACUGAGGCACAAAGUGACCCGAAUCUCCCAGUCUUGGCCACUGCACUGCCCGCAGAGGAUGUGGGAGCUGUGGAUCUGGCCAGUCCAUCCCUCCAGCCUGCCCCAUGGCCGACCCGCACUGGAGAAAAGCCACUGCUGCUUCCUGAUGCUCUGACAUCCCCCACAGACACCCCUGGUGCUCCUGGGGUUGCUUACUCAGCCCCAGAGGCUGGAGCCAGAACCCUGCCUGAAGCUGAAGGUGCAGCACAGACACCAGCAAGUCCUGACCUCGCUCCUGGCCCAGAAGCAGCCGUGUCUCCAUCUCCUGGGGAGUCGGAGCCAUCUGGAGCUCCCCAGGAAGCCGAUGGACUUGGCACUGGCUUGAGUUCAGGUUCAGAUGCCCCCAGCCCAGCACCUUUUGUACCCAAUGGGCUGGCAUGGCCCACUGCUGGGAUCCAAGGCCAGGGAGCUGAGGAGACAGGGGACAUGGCACAGGCAGAAGGUUCAGGGGAUGCCAGUCCCUAUGAAGGUACUCAGAGUGACAUGAGUCCUCCAGCCCUUCAGCCCUCAGGAUCUCCUGCUGAUAAUGGAGAGCUGCUGACUGGAGGAACAGAAGACUUGGCAAAUGUUGAACUUUCCCCUCCAUCAGCACUUGGGGAUGGAACAGGAACAGGAACAGCAGCCCCAGCACUGGGACAAGUGUCCUCACCUAGUUCUGCACCUCUCAGCAAUGCUGGAAUGGAGUCUGAUCUCUCGGGGCCUGAAGGACCAGGGGACCUGCCCAGUGAAUCUGCCAGUGCUCCUGGGGCUGUUUCCCGAGCCCUGGGGUCUGUCGCUGGCCCCGUGCCUGAGGCAGAGACACCAGUGAGCCCUGACCUCAGUGCUGCCCAGGGAGCACCAGGGUCCCCAUCCUUUGGUGGGUCACAGCCAUGGGGAACAGCAGCUGGUGCUCCUGUGGGAGCAGGACUCCCUGGGGCCGAAGGGCCAGACACCGACUCGACUUUGGCAUGGGAUACCCCCAGCUCAGCAGUUCAUGAACCAGUAGGACCCCCCUCACCUGGCCUUGGGGACCAGCUUGGCACAAAUGUGGGGCUGCCAGCAGCAGAAGGGCAAGGAGCCAGCACAGCAGAGCCAGCACUGGAAGGAGCAGGCAGUGGGAUUGAGUCUGAGCCAUCCCUGAGCUCCAGUGCACAGAGUGGAACAGCAGCUGGGAUGGAUCAACUGCCCAGUGCUGGUUCCCCAUCUGGUAUUACCUCCCCCAGUGAUGUGGCAGCAGGACCUUCUGUGUCAAGGGGUGAUGAAGCAGAACCCAUCUCAUCUGCAGCUCCUGGCUCUGACAGUCUGUCCCUGGCCUCUCCAGAAGGUGAAACUGGCCCAGGACUUGGGCUGGUGCAGGGGGCUGAGAGUGCAGGGGAUGUGGUUCAGGCAGAAAAACCAGAGAGUGAAAAUCCCAACAUGGAGACAAGUCCUUCAGCUGUCAGCCCACAGCAGGACCUCACUAACACUGCAGAGCUGCCAGCAGAAGAAACAGGGGAUGUUGUGCAUGCUGAACUUUCCCCUCCAUCAGCACUUGGGGAUGGAACAGGAACAGGAACAGGAGGAGCCCCAGCACUGGGACAAGUGUCCUCACCUGGUCCUGCACCUCUCAGCAAUGCUGGAAUGGAGUCUGAUCUCUCGGGGCCUGAAGGACCAGGGGACCUGCCCAGUGAAUCUGCCAGUGCUCCUGGGGCUGUUUCCCGAGCCCUGGGGUCUGUCGCUGGCCCCAUGCCUGAGGCAGAGACACCAGUGAGCCCUGACCUCAGUGCUGUCCAGGGAGAACCAGGGUCCCCAUCCUUUGGUGGGUCACAGCCAUGGGGAACAGCAGCUGGUGCUCCUGUGGGAGCAGGACUCCCUGGGGCCGAAGGGCCAGACACCGACUCGACUUUGGCAUGGGAUACCCCCAGCUCAGCAGUUCAUGAACCAGUAGGACCCCCCUCACCUGGCCUUGGGGACCAGCUUGGCACAAAUGUGGGGCUGCCAGCAGCAGAAGGGCAAGGAGCCAGCACAGCAGAGCCAGCACUGGAAGGAGCAGGCAGUGGGAUUGAGUCUGAGCCAUCCCUGAGCUCCAGUGCACAGAGUGGAACAGCAGCUGGGAUGGAUCAACUGCCCAGUGCUGGUUCCCCAUCUGGUAUUACCUCCCCCAGUGAUGUGGCAGCAGGACCUUCUGUGUCAAGGGGUGAUGAAGCAGAACCCAUCUCAUCUGCAGCUCCUGGCUCUGACAGUCUGUCCCUGGCCUCUCCAGAAGGUGAAACUGGCCCAGGACUUGGGCUGGUGCAGGGGGCUGAGAGUGCAGGGGAUCUGGUUCAGGCAGUAAACCCAAAGAGUGAAAGUUCCAACAUGGAGACAAGUCCUUCAGCUGUCAGCCCUCAGCAGGGUGAACUGCCUGGUGCAGGUUCCUCAUCUGGUUCAGCCUCUCCCAGAGGUGAUGUCGCAGCAUCCUCAGUUUCAGAUCCAUCCAGCCUGGGUGCACUUGAAGACACAGACGGUGCUGCUGAAGGUCUCCAGCCUGCCCUGGGUGCUGGCACUGGGGUUCUUCCUGCUGCAGGAGCAGGGGCAAGUGAAGGGCCUGGUGAUGUAGGGUCCACAGGGCAGUCCCAGGCUCCUCCUGGAAUGGGACCAGCUGGUUCAGAAAGCCUUGAUGGAGAAAUGGGAGGUGUGUUGCAGUCUGCAUCUUCUUUCUCGUCUACAGAGGGGUCUUCAUCACCAGGGAGGACGGGCGAGGCUGCUGAUGAAAAAGGCCUUCCUGGAGCUGCUGCAGCUGUUGCCGGCUUGAACACAGGCUUGGAGGCUGCUGGCCCUCAAGAAGCCUCUGUGUCUGCCCCUGGCACCCAAAGUGGUGCCAAUACCAAACUUUCCAAUGGAAAACCGAGCAAAGUCAGUGUGGUGGAAGUGCCUGGAGGAGCCUUGGUGAAUGGGGGACCUUCCCCUGGUGCCAGCCUGGUCCCAGUGGCUCCAGACAACAGCGGUGUUUCCAAUGACAUGACAGCCUCGGUGGCUGGCUCUCUGCUUCUCCCUGGACAGGGGCUGAGCUCGGGGCUGGCACCCAGUGGGGACCCCAACUCUGCACCAAGCACCCAGAGUGGGAGCAGCCCCCUACUGCCAGGCUCACCAGGGGGGCUGCCAGAAGAAGCUGGAGGUGCUCAGUCAUGGUCUCUUGAAGAUGAGGUGGCCUCAGGCAUGCCAGCACCUUUGGGAGAAGCGUCUCCUCAGGCUCCCAAAUCCCCCAACGCUGCCCCGGUACUGCCUUCUGCUCCAGAGAGAGGAAAUUCUGCAGAGGGGGUGUCUGCCAGCCCUGGGCUUUCAGCACUUCCAGCUGUGCCCCUCUAUGGGUAUGGAGCAAGGGAAAAUGAUCAGGAGUACGUGGAAAGAAGAGUAGAUUUUAAUUCUCCACUUUUCAAGCCCGAGACUGGAUUUCCAUUUGGGAAAACCCUGCACAGCUCUCUCUACUUCACAGACAAUGGACAGAUCAUUUUCCCAGCCUCAGACAACAACAUCCUCACGUACCCCAACCCUCCUCCCAGUGGCUUCAAUGGCCAUGAAGAGGUCCCCAUGAUCGCUGUAUUUUGGGACAACGCUGACUUCUCCAGAGGUGUUGGUACCACCUUUUACCAGGAGUUCUCCACCCUCAACACGGCCAAGCCGCCGUUUGUCCGUGACGUGGAAGCAAAGGUCCGGCGGUACCUGAGGUCCUCCUACUCUGCAGUCUGGACCCUGAAAAUCACCUGGGAGAAGGCACCUGUCCACACAGCACGGACUGACACCCGGAAGACUAUCACGUACCAGGCUGUCCUGACCACUGAUGGCUUCAGGUCCUACAUCCUGAUGCUGUACCAGGACGGAGGCAUGCAGUGGGAUUACACCAGGCUCACUUCCACCAAUGUGCUCAUCGGCUACACCAGUGGGGAUGGCUUUUACUACAAUGAUGACCUGACUAAGAGACCUCCAGCUGCUAAAUAUCGCCCUGACCAGUUUGGGGGCUACAACACAGACCUCCGUGGGUUGUGGAUUUACAAGCUGGAGAGCCGCGUGGGCAUCAACUACCGGCUGAAGUGCCUGGCGUGGACGGGGCAGCAGCAGGAGCCCCGGGCAUGGAGCCAGGGCCUGCCCACCUGCCCCUGCUCCUUGCAGCAAGGGCAGCAGGACCCACGCUUCAAGAGCAGCCGUGGAGGCAAGUGGGGUGCCCGUGUCUCCAUGCUGCACUCGGCCUCCCCCAACCAGCACGGCGCCGGCGUGCGCUGCCUGUACGACAGCCAGAGCCAGCUCAUCGAGGGGCGGCAGGAGAGGUACUGGAGGAGCUUCAGGCAGGCGUUGCCCUACCGUGACCAGGAGCUGAAGCUGUAUGACUGGUGCUGUAAUCGGGCGGGCAGUGCCCACCUCUGCGCCCGCUACAGUGAGAAGAGGCCGAAGAUUGGCUGUGAUGGAUACCAGUCACCCAGCACGGAUUCCUCGGAGGAGGCAGAGAAUGACUCAGAUGAGCAGAUAGACGGAGAGGACAAGUAACUGGGAGGUUUCACACCUGCAGCAAGUUCUGGGCCAUGGCUGAUCCUCAAGCCCUUUGAUCUGCUCUUCCCCCGUGUCCCCCCACAGAACCCAUCACCCCUCUCCACCAUGCAGGGCAGCUCGCUUGGCCAGUGCCUGCAAUUGCCUGCCCUGGCACAAGUUCACAUUUCUAACCCAGACUUGUCCCAAGGAUUCAGUUGCUUUAGUUGUCCUUUCCCAGAUGCAGCUGGGGGGCAGAACUGGUGGGGAGGUGGGCAGGUACCCCCCACUGCACACACCACCCUUGUCCUUCCUACAUCCCACUGUGCUUCCAUGCUGCAGGGUGAGGCUGGAUCCCUGGGAAAGGGUUAAACACCACACAUGGGUUGACUGUGACGAAGCCCUUAAAUACCAGGGUGCACCAGGCUUGUCCUGUGAGCCUGUCCUGUCUUGUCCCCUACUUCUGCUUCCCAGCAAUCCCUCCCUGAGUGGUCCCUAGGCCCUGUGCUCAGGAAAAGGGACAACUCUCCAGAUCAAGCCAGAAUCAGAUCAAUACAUCUGCUGGGUGUGUGAGGGCAAAAUGCAACCUCAUGAUCAGAAAUGUUGGCAGAAAACUAAUUUUUGUGUGUAAGAGAGCAUCUUCCUUUCUUAAAAAAAAAUUAAAUCAUUGUCAAA